AUGACAGAGAGAUGCGACAGCAGAGAGCUUGAUGAGGAAAUAAGGAUUCUGAUAGGGAAGAGUGGUGCUUGGGAGUCCUGUAAGAAGCUGGAGAGCAGCUCACAUCCCCUGAACGCCUUUAGUGAACACAACACCCGACAGAUGCAGGUGGACAUGGAGGAUGAGAAGAGAACUUCAAGCAGCCUGUCACAGGAUAUAUUGACAAAGAAGAUGCCAGUAGGUGCACUGGAACAACAGAUUAUAUCAUUGGAAAAACAGAGGCAAGAGCUGCUGGCAGUGAACCAUCAAUGGGAUCAGCAGUUCAGGCGAAUGAAACAGCAGUAUGGAAAAAAGGUCACAGAUGUGAAAGCACAACUGGAAACAAUGCAGAAGAGUGUGAAGGAACUGGAAAAAGAAAGGCACCAAAUGCAGCAGGAGUGUAGAAGGCUGGAAGCCCUGGCUACAAACAACCUCCUACAGGAAAUGAGAGACAAAAAAAUACUAAAGUAAGAGAAUAGACUUCUGAAAGAAGAAACGUCCUUAGCAAAUACAAAAAAGAUUCAUUAUGAAUGUGAAAUAAGUUGGCUUAACAAAGCGCUUCAGGAUGCCCUGAAAAAUCAAAGUGCCCCCUUGCCUGUGGCUCCUGUAAAUGCCCAGGAGGUGAACUGCAACCAUGAAGAGAUGAAAAUGCAAGUGGAAGUUCUCAGGCAACAGGUUCAGAUUUAUGAAGAAGACUUUAAAAAGGAAAGAUCUGAUAGAGAGAGACUUAACGAAGAAAAAGAAGCACUGCUGAGAAUUAAUGAGAGAAUACAGUUUCAGUUGGACACCCUAAAUUCACAGGUUAAAGACUGCCAGGAAGAAAGGGAACUACUUGAGAAGAAAGUAAAGCAACAGGCAAGAGACCUCCAAGCACUUACAGAAAAACAUGGCUUUCCACAUCAGAUGUUUGUUCCUGCAUGUUUUAGUUGCAGGAACUGUGGGUUACUUCACCCAUACCAUGAACCUCAAAUAAGGUUGGCUUCGUGCAGCAUUCACAGAAAGCAGCAGUGCCCACCAGACUAUCAAUGGUAUGUUCCCAACCGGUUUCCGCCAGAUGUGCCGCACAAGGCAAAUGAUGCCUCCUCAGAAAACGAAGGUCCCCACUUGUACCAUACAAAGAGAAAGAACCGAAGCAAAGACAAAGAGCCAUCCUGACAUCACCUUGUAACCACCGUUACAUUUUCAUGUCCUAUUGCACUCUGUUUUAUAUGAUAUACCAUUAUAUAACAUACACACAAUGGGAGAUUUCUAUGACUGUGGCAAAGAGACAGAUUCACUUCCAGCUAUAGUUGUUGUUGUGGAAAGACUUCCUCCCUCAUCCCUUUCUUUUAAAAUAGACUGUACCAAACAAGUUGCAACUGUUCAAUUAUAAAUAAAUGUCUGAAGGGUUUUAGGAAAUGUGCAAGUGAGUGGUGUUAUGGUGGUUUCAAGGCAAAACGUCUGUAUGUGGAUCAAGGGGAGGGGAAUCCUGUCCUUACCUUUGGGCACCAGAGGAGCUGUGAGGUAUUGCAAGCAGAGUUGUGCAUAUAAAAUGGGGCUAAUGGGAUGUUUGUCCUAUCCACAUGGAGCUUACUGUGUAGUCUAUAACCCUGCAUUUGAUCAGGGUUGACUGUAGUAACCCCCUCACUUCACCGUCACUCAGUGCCUAAAAGUAAAGCAAGUGGGGGUUCUUUUUUCUCUGUCACCCUCUAUGUUUUAGAUAUGCUUUAAUUGUCAGAUUCCUGCCCUGAGCUAGGGAGUCAGAGCAGAUGACCUUUAAACUUCCUACUCACUGUAAGAUUCUACGGCCACCACAUGGCAAUCCAGCAUUUUUGUGAGCAACCUGCCUCACUGGCUGCUGCAGCAAAUGUUUGUAUUUGGUUUUACUGCUAUUGGGUUGGGCUGCGUUUCAGUCCCCAUUUUUAGUUUAAGAAUCAUCUCGUCGUCAUUCUGAAAGUGCAUCGCUUUGAGUACGUUAGUCUGCUAAACUGGCCUGCACAGUGUGUGUGAUCCACCACUUCAAACGUAGCCAACCAGACAUGCACUGUUGCUUUGCUGGAGGAUUAACAGUCUCUGUACUUAGGCAACCCUUUGCAGACAGAAGAACAAAUGUGUUUCAUGGAAGUCCUGCUGGGCCACCUUAGAGGGUGAUUGGGCAGCAAUUGAUUUGGUGGGUCAGUAGCAAUCCAUCAACCGUUUAUUAUAGUCAGUAGUCACGUUGGGCUGUAUUGAUUGUGACAAUGCUUGCUGUCUCCUCUAGCCAAAUCUUCAGAACAGUCUAAUCCAUAUCAGUAUAGCUACUGGUAAGGUUCAAUAUUGCAACCUAAAUACCCAAUAACACCUUGUCUUCUAUUGCCAGAAUUAAAAUUUAUGGUAAAAAAAAAGAGAACAACAACAACAAACAACCCACAUGCAUCCUGAACUUGCUUGCAUUUACACUGAAUGCAGAUGGAAAUCUGAAUGUAUGAUAUAGAAUUAAAACCAUAUUGGUGAUAUAUGUGUAAAUGAAAUAUUUCUAGAAUUACUGUAAUAUUUUGAGCUGAAGAUUAAGGCCAGAACAGAGUUUGGCAAGUUUAACCCCUACAAUGGUUUAAAUGUGAUUUAAGCACACAAGACUGGGUCAGCAGCUCGGCUUUGCUUUACCCACUUUAAUAACAUUAAUCAUAAUUUCCCUUGAAAUACAAUUUGAGAACAAAUGUAAUGCACCUAAAUGUAAUUGCAUUUUAAAAUGUGAAAGAAAUAAGCAUGACAGAUGUUUGAGGAAAUACUGCAGAUUUUAAUCUGCUUAUGGCAUUACCUUUUCUUCUCCUAAUGGGGUAGUCCUUGCAGGAUUCUAUCAGAGCUUAGACUUCUAGCGUAGUUGGUCUCAGGCACUGUAUCGGCCAGAUAGUCAUUGGACCAUCUUACCAAAUGAGGAAUUUUUCUAUGUCUGUAUCUAACUUUAUGCAGCAAUAUCCUUCUGGACUCCACCAACCGCCCUAUAGUAGACUUAGAAUCAUAGAAUCAUAGAGUUGGAAGAGACCACAAGGGCCAUCCAGUCCAACCCCCUGCCAAGCAGGAAACACCAUCAAAGCAUUCCUGACAGAUGGCAGUCAAGCCUCCGCUUAAAGACCUCCAAAGAAGGAGACUCCGCCACACUCCUUGGCAGCAAAUUCCACUGUCGAACAGCUCUUACUGUCAGGACUUGUCCAGUUGUGGAAGACACAUCUACAGUACUUUCCUACAGUGGUACCUUGGGUUAAGAACUUGGGUUAAGAAUUCGUUCUGGAGGUCCGUUCUUAACCUGAAACUGUUGUUAACCUGAGGUACCACUUUAGCUAAUGGGGCCUCCCACUGCUGCCGCACCGCUGCCAAGGAGUGUUCAAGUGCCAAGCGAUUUCUGUUCUCAUCCUGAAGCAAAGUUCUUAACCCGAGGUACUAUUUCUGGCUUAGCGGAGUCUGUAACCUGAAGCGUCUGUAACCCGAGGUACCACUAUACUGGACAUAAUUGCCACUUUAUUUUUAUUUUUUUAAGUCAUUUGUAUUCCAGUUAAUGGAUGGAGUUUGUAGCAUUAAAAGAAUAAUCUUAAAGGAUUAGGUGUGUUAAGUAUUUGAGCCACAAUGGAAUACAAUUCAUGGUUAGGGAUUUCUUUGCAAUUAAACAAAUUCCCUCAACAGCUUCAUUUUUACAUUCAUUUAUCAAGGAGACAAAUCACCCUGACCUUAUCACACCGUAUAAUGGAACCUGUACAACAAGCCUUAAAACUUACAAUUCUCCAGAGUAUUUUUUUUUUUUAAAAAAAUGUAUUUGUGGAACUCAAAACCACAUUGUACUUUCAGCCAUGAGAGAAUAAUGUGAAUUCCCUCUAAAGGAAGAUGGGAAAGAUUGGUCUCUAUGCAUGGGUUGGAAGUUGGAUUAAAUAGUCACUAUAGCAGCAGAUAAUUUAACUAGCAGGCAGUGUAACUGUGCUAUUCCUGAUUAGUGAUUUGGCUAAUAAGGGUGAGAUCAUGGAAAAUGCUAAUGCAGCGCCUUAGGAAAAUCCAAUUAUAAUGUAACCUAAUUCAAUUCAGGCUCUCAGCAGGUGACCAGUGUUUGUGGGAAGAGCACCCCAGACUCAGGAUUGUCGUGAAUACACCAAACAGACAGGCCUCUGUGUAUCCAAUGUUAGAGCCAACAAACCCCAUUUCAUUCCUUUCAACACUUCAGCUCAACUAAUUAUGAGGGUUUCGUCUUCCAUUUGUGAAGCUUAACUCAUUAUCAUUAGGGUUCAUGAAAACAGAGAUGAAUAUAUGCCAGCUACUUGGAGUAACUAGGGGAGGGGAGGAGAAAUGCAGGCAUAUUGCAGCCUCAGGGUGCUUUUCUUUUCUUAGUGUCAGCACCUGCCUUUUAAUGUUUUGCUGCCAAACAUCUGACCCAGCAAAUAUUUAGUCACCUAAAUCCUAGUGAGACAAAUUGUGAGAAACUGGUGAGGUUGAAGACAUCAAUGGGUUUGGAGGGGAGAGCUCCCCCCCACACCCCUCCAUUAUGGAAUAAUGCAUUAAUUAUAUGUAAUUUUAGCUCUACAGCUAAAGUAAUGUAGCCAGAGCAGAACAUGUAUAAGGACUUCUUAGAGGAAAGGUAUAGCUUAGUGGCAGAGCAUCAGCCAAAUUGAACCCCUGGCAUCUCCAAGGUGGGCUGGGAAGGACCCCUGCCUAAAACCUUGGAGAGCUGAUGCCAAGUCAGUGUGUAUGAUACUGAGCAAGAAGGUGGCUUCCUACUUUCCUAUACAGUGGUACCUCUACUUACGAAUAACUCUACUUACGAAUGUUUCUACUUACGAAUGGAGCUCCAUCCGCCAUCUUGGAUGCGGUUUAGAUAGGAUUUUUUCUACUUACGAAUUUUUAGAUAGAGUUGCUUCUACUUACGAAUUUUUUCUCCCAAUGCAUUCCUAUGGGAUUCGACUUACAAUUUUUUCGACUUACGAAUGUGUGUUCGGAACGCAUUAAAUUCGUAAGUAGAGGUACCACUGUAUUUGCCUAUCCUGGUACCCUCCAGACUACAACUGGUGGGAGUUUCUGUCCACAACAUCUGGAGGGCACUAGGUUGUCAAAGGUUGCAUUAAUGAAUACAGUUUGCCAUGUUAGUGUUUGUUUGUUUUUAAAGAUAGCAAACUCUCUUUUUUAAAGUAACUGUACACCAAACAUAAUAGGUCAUUUCUAGUGGCUGCGGGAACACUUUUAGCAAUUAAGAAUCCAGUUUUGACCUUCUUUUAUAAAUUUAUAGCAACUCCGUCUAUAUGGUUGCAUCCAAUGGUGUCUCUCCACUGCGUAAAUAAUUUUUGAUCUAGCAGUCUCCCAUACCACCUCUUACCUUGUGCUGAGAGGUCCUCCAGACACCUAGAGGUGUGGGGUUCAGGAGAGAUGGGCAUCUGCAAAAACUGCCUCCUUCCCAAUUUCACUGAUGGAAACCUUUGGAGGAUCAAAGCGCCUUGUGUCAGUGGAGGCACAACUUUAGUCACCAGACUCCUUGGCCACACCCACACCAUGCAUUUAGAGCACUUUAACAGUCAUGGCUUCUGCCAAAUAAGCCUGGAAACUGUAGUUUACCCCUCAGCAGAGCUACAAUUCUCAACACCCUUAAACUACAU